ACCAAUCCCUAGAGGAGCCACCGACUCAAAAUCAAAAAUCAAUGCAAUUUACAUCAUCGCAUCAAUCAACCCGCAAUCGGCUCGGAACUGAAUUCAGGAUUACGCGUUUAAAAAGGACCUGAAGCUAUGUCGGAAGAAGAAAAGGUCGUCACCCACGAAGACAUCUGGGACGACUCGGCACUGGUGAAUUCGUGGAACGAAGCCCUUGAAGAGUACAAGAAAUACCACAGCAUUCACGCCGACAGGGCAGCCGAGGCCACUAUUGUUCCAGAUUCGCAAAACCCCCUACGGAACGCCAAGACUGAAACGAAUGAGCCUCAGUCGCCGCCCAACGGAACGAGGGGUGAUGGCGAAACAAUUCAAGAGCAGGCUAAGCCUACGAGUGGAUGUCCUGAAGGUUCCGGUGUGAAUGAUCAACAACAUGGCGGCGCCCUUAGCUCGCCCAUCUCUGUCCUUGGCUCAGUGAAAGAUGAGGGCCUCAAAUCCCUGCUGAUGUCAUGGUACUACGCCGGGUAUUACACAGGGCUGUAUGAAGGACAGCAACAGAGAGAUCCCGGCAAGGUGAAUCCUGACCGGAGAUAA